UGUCAAUAAUACGCAUCACAAAACGCUGUAACACAUCAAGGAAGUCGAGGUAAAAUCGUCCAUCGAGAAAGAAGGACCUCGACUUUUUUUAUCCCAUGCGCCAUGGAAAUUUACAAGGCGUGCUACGACUUUCAGGAUAACUGCGAAACUUCUUUGGAUUUUAAGAAAGGAGAUACAUUUUACAUCACACAGAAGACCGACACUGGUUGGUGGGCUGCGAGAAACUUGAAAAGCAAUGAGUUGGGCUAUAUCCCAUCAGCGUAUGUCGAAUUUCUAGCUCUAGUCCAUCCUGAAACCUUAGAGUGUAUGGAAAGUCUGCCAGAGCCAGAGAAAAUUAAAAUGGACAGAUUAUGUGAAUUAACAGCAAAGACACAGCAGUCCCCUGGACUUGGGCGUAACCACCCAGGCUACCCACCGGAGGACUAUAAUAGACAAGAGAAUGAGAGUCCGCCACCCGUACGAACAGCAAUAAAACCCAUGAUGAAGUCAACAGAACAAACAAAAUUACAGAAAGACUUAAAAUUCAACCAACAGAGAGGAAUCAACCUUGGGAGACCUGAGCUCGUCAAAACUUGGGAAAAAUUUGAAAGCAAAAAGACAGCAAAGGAGAUGGAGUCAUUAAAUGAGUCAGAAUUAUCUGCAAAACUUAAGACAAUAUCAAAAAAGCUUGAGGAGGAGGAACAUCGAAAGCAAAUUGAGGAAAAAAAGCCAGAAUUCAUGAAAAUCAACCUACGAAAGGCAAAACCUCAGACAGCUAGCUGAUCACCCCAGGCUUUCCGAUAUGCUAUUAUACUGCGCCCAGAUGAAUUUUAUGUAGGGCUGUCAUGAUAAAAUGUUGGUGGUUAAAAGCGUGAUGAAGACUGAAAACCACCUUUUCAUAAUGCAGAACAUUGACAUGGUGUGAUAUAUGAUGAAUCUGGAAAUUUCUGGUUUGGGUGGUUAUGACUUCAGUUCACUGUAACUGUGGUACAGAACGAAAGGUGAAAGGGCCUGACGUUAGUAUUCGUCAGACAAAUAUCUUUGCUGCAAAAAAGGAGUAAGCUUAGAUAUAUGGAGACCAAAUUAUGACACCACUGGCAGCAAUCACAAACCUAUUUAUUUGUCUCUGGUGGUCUCUAGUAAUAUCUUUAACCACACGCAGUGACUGUAGGCAAAAGUGAGGGGAUAUUCAAAGAGCGCGGAAAACAGAGUGAAACCCCCAAUGUUACCGUAAGAUGACGUUUCUUGGGUUUUAGGCAUGUUCAGUUAACUUACUUAUUUGAUAAGUUCAAAAGUGAGAUCUAUUCAAGCAAGUAAUUUAAGAGAGUUUAUAUAAAUGAAACCACUAUGAUUGGUUUGCAAAAUAUACAUAAUAAAGUUGGGAUUUAAAUAA